AUGGAUGAUGAAGAUUUAAUCCAAGUUCUUGUUCUGAAAUUGCCAAAGUCGGCAAGAGAUAGAUGGUCGUCAAAUGCAUGUGAAUAUCACAGAAAACAUGCAUACUUUCCACCAUUUUCUGAGUUCUGUGAUCAUGUCAAGAAAAUAUCGAAAGUAACUACACUUCCUGUGUAUGGAACUGAAGUACUUGAUGAACUUAUGGCUAACAAUAAGAAAGCUGUAAAUAUACCCGUUAGAAGAAGGACUUAUAUUAGAGGUUCUCACUUGUACUCUAUUGAUGCAAGCGAAGAAGUUCAUAGUUCUCGUCAAACAGAUAAGUCGAAACCUACCCAUUUCUCAGAUUCGUGUGUGUGUUGUAAAGGAUCACAUGAUCUGAAUGAUUGUACAGCUUUUCUCAAGAAAUCUUACAAUGACCGAAUCGAAUAUAUCAAGUCUAAUGGCAUAUGCUUUGCAUGUCUAAGAAAAGGUCAUCGUUCGAAAGGAUGCACCAAAAGAAAGACUUGCAAAACUUGUGGUAAAGGUCACCCUACUGCCAUAACUUCAGAAGAAUUCGUUCGCAAGGUCAAGACGAAGAUAGAUUCAAAUGAAGAAAAUAGUUUACCGAAUGCUGAUUGUAAGAAAAGUAUAAUCUGUCAUGCAUCAGAAGCUCGAGAAGUCAUUCGAACUACAAGAAUUGUACCAACACGAAUACUUUGUGCCGAUCGACCAAACAAGAAAAUGAAAGUUUAUGCAAUUUUAGAUGAACAAUCUGAUACCACAUUCUUUUCAGAUGAUGUCAGACGAAGCUUGGAAUCAAAUAGAUUCAAGGGGAGAUUGAACCUUUCUACUAUGACUAGCUCGACUGUGGUGGAUUCAUACAAGAUUAUGGGCUUGCAAAUUUUAGGUUGUAAUGGCCCCAAGAUAAAUUUGCCUUCAUGUUACACAAGAGAUUCCAUCCCAGUAAAUCGUAAUCAAAUUAUAGACAAGAAGGUUAUAAACAAGUAUCCAAAGUUCCAAGAUGAUCUAGAUGAAAUUCCGGACUAUGAUUGUAUGCAAGCCCUGCGUCCAUUGCAAAUUAUAUCAGAUGCUGACACAGAAAGUUAUGCUAUUAAAACAGCAUUAGGAUGGGGAGUUGUUGGAAUGAUUGAUGCAGCAUGUGUUGGUGGAUAUGCUACCAAAACUUGUAACAAAGUGACAUUACAUGACCUGUAUACACCUGACAUCAUAUCUCCUCAAUUUGUACCUAUAAAUCAAGUUAAAGAAGUCAUUAACCCUUGCAUGAUUUUGAGAAGUUUCAAACAAGAUUUCAUUGAAUGCAUGCACAAGAAUAAUAUCAAAAAGCAAGAAAUUGAUGGUACAUCGAACAAACCUAUUUCUAUCGAAGGUCGUAGGUUUUUGCAGAAGUGUCAAUCAAGUAUUCACAUGACACAGGAUGGUCAUUAUGAGUUGUCUCUUCCUUUUCGAAACAAAGAAGUGAAGCUUUCAAACAACAAGCAAUUAGCUCUCAGAUGCUUACAAUGA